AUGGCCCAAUGUGAUGGCUAUGGUGGUGAUGGCUAUGGUGGUGAUGGCUAUGGUGGUGAUGGCUAUGGUGGUGAUGGCUAUGGUGGUGAUGAUGAUGGUGGUGGUGGUGCUGUUGAUGAUGAUGAUGGUGCUGAUGGCAGUGGUGGUGCUGAUGAUAAUGAUGAUGUUGCUAAUGAUGAUUUAUACAAUUCAGAUAUCAGGUCAACCCAACAGGUUCAGCGCCCUGGACAAUGGUCCGGCUACGACGGCUUUGGCUUUCACGAAGGAACUGUUGCCACUACGGAUCAAGGUGACUUCCUCUUGCACAAUACUCCGUCGGGCGGUGGAGCCGGUCGGACCGUCGUUACCUCAGCUGAUGACAUGUCUUCGAAGUGGAAGAAUGUGGGCGAACCAAAGUUGCACGAGUCCUACUCGGUAGGAGAUGCCAUGCAGGAUGAGGCCAGCCAUGGCUCGUAUAACCUUUUCUCCAACAACUGUAUGGAUACAAGCAAGCGCGUUCAUUCACACGACUAA